AGUAUUUUGAAAUCUAGCCGUUUCGUUUUGAAACAUCGCCUAUAAUUGAUGGGCGGGGAAAAUCAGUAAAGCUAAUAUUUUCAACACUCCUCUCUCUCUCUAAACAGCUUAUCCUCCUGCUUCAGAUUUUAUUCAACUAUUGAGAAAUGGGAGUUGAGAACUAUCAUGUGAUAGAGCUCGUUGGCGAAGGCUCUUUCGGUAAGGUGUACAAAGGAAGGAGGAAAUAUACUGGCCAGACAGUUGCGAUGAAAUUUAUCAUGAAGCAUGGGAAAACUGAUAAAGACAUUCAAAAUCUUAGGCAGGAAAUCGAGAUUCUAAGGAAGUUAAAGCAUGAAAAUAUUAUUGGAAUGCUAGACUCAUUUGAGAGCCCACAAGAGUUUUGUGUUGUUACAGAGUUUGCUCAGGGCGAACUAUUUGAGAUUCUUGAGGAUGACAAGUGCCUUCCGGAAGAACAAGUUCAAGCAAUUGCAAAGCAGUUGGUGAGAGCAUUGCAUUACCUACACUCAAACCGCAUAAUUCACCGUGAUAUGAAACCACAAAACAUCCUUAUAGGGGCCGGGUCUGUUGUCAAGCUCUGUGAUUUCGGUUUUGCGCGUGCAAUGUCCACCAACACAGUUGUUUUACGAUCCAUAAAAGGCACUCCCUUGUACAUGGCUCCGGAAUUGGUACGAGAGCAACCUUACAAUCAUACUGCUGAUUUGUGGUCCCUUGGUGUCAUUUUGUAUGAAUUAUUUGUUGGUCAACCUCCGUUUUACACUAAUUCAGUCUAUGCACUAAUCCGGCACAUCAUUAAGGAUCCAGUUAAAUAUCCUGAAAACAUGAGCUCUAAUUUCAAAAGCUUCCUCAGGGGGUUGCUUAAUAAGGUCCCUCAAAGCAGACUCACUUGGCCUGCUCUGCUUGAACAUCCAUUUGUUAGGGAAACUUCUGAGGAUAUAGAAGCCAGGGAGAUUCGUGCUACAACUGCUGCUGCUAGGGGGUAUGAUGCGUCUUGGAAAGGAGAAGGAGAUCUUCAAAAGGCUGAAUUGCCCUUAUCUAGUAACGAGAGUAGAAACCCACAAUCCCUUCCCUCUACGGAAAAUGGUGAUUUGCAUAGCCUUCAACAAGAUAUUCAAUCUCACACUCCUAGUUCUGCGCUUGGAAAUUCCUCACCAAAGGAUUCACCAGGAGUUACUAGUUAUGAAGAAGAUGUUCAGUCAGGUUGCCAGGUAUUAGACAGAUUGGAAAAUAACUCACGCACAGUUAAAGGUGCAAACUUAAUUGGUCAAGAUAAUGAAGCAUUAACAGUAAUUUUGCUACGAUUAAAAAGUGUAUGUACGAGUUCUCCGGAUUCUCUCAGGGAUCAAGAUCUUAUCUGUUUCAACCAGUCACUAAGAAUUCUUUCAAAUUUAGUUGCCGCUAGUGCUAUAAAUUAUAGCGUACUCAAUGAAAUAAUAUCCGAACUUCUCAGCGCCACUGCUAGUCUGGCGAACUUAAAGUUGGCGGAUAGCAGUGACUUGAUAGCAAAGAGUUUGUUGCUCAUUAAAAAGUUGAUAGACAACUACGGUGGCACUAUUGGGGGCUCUUAUGUGAAGCACUGGGUUUCUUUGGUAGAAUUGUUCUCAAAGGUCGUUGGUUCCGCAGAUGAUUCAUCUGGUAGACUUUUAUACGAAUCCACUGCUUGCAUAACAGUUGUACUUUCCAAAGCAGCUCAGAGCCUCAAAACAUCUGCGCUAGCUGUGACAUCUGAGGUGGUUUCAGGUCCUUCAGCAAUUAUUGAAAUUGUCAAGCAAAUUUUGGACCAUGCUAAAGUCUCAAAUGUAGUUGAACUUUUAUGUUUGUGCUUGGCAAAUUGUGGCUCAAGCUUGAUAUCUGGCUCAUCAAAUUUGUUACGUGCUGCUUGUGAAGCUUGCCGGUCCCUUUGGUCACUAAUUGAUGCUUUGGAACUUCUUUAUGUAAAGGAAAAUACCCAUUUAUUCCCCCUUUGCUCUUUGCGAAGCCAUUCCUUACUACGACUUGAUAUUAGAAAUCAUGAACAAGGUUCUUUGAUCGGGGUAGAAUCGACAAUAGUAAUUGAUGCGGUAACAAGAUCAUUCCUCAGGUCAAAACCCAUACAAGUUGCAGUUUACUACUGUCUACGUCAGCGUGCUGCUGAGCCUGUUCUCUUUGCUGGUACUCAGCUUAUCUUGAGGUGCUGUCUCCAUAGUAGCUCUAUUUCAAGCAUUCUCUGUGGUCUACCUAGUUCUCUGCCUGCUACAAAAAUUGUCAGUGGGGGAGGAGAUGGUACUAUUGUUUCAGAGAUAUUUUCUAUACUAUCUCUAUGUGCAUCCUCCUAUCGAGAUGCACAAACGGCAGACACAAAUAAUCUGAAAUGCAAAAUAGCAAAUCCAGGUAUCUUGGUUGUGCAUUCAUGCCUUGUCCUUGCAACUGUUGCACAGUGCUUGAAAUCUUCUGGAAGAAAUUCCCCAGUGUUUAUGCUUACUUCCAUACCAAAAAAGCAACUCUCUCGGCUUUCUGUUCUUGCUCACCAUAUUUCUUUAGACGAUAGAACACAAAAUUCCUUUCAACCUCGUUGUUCUUCUUCUAUGCUAGCUCUUGCAUCUAUUAUGUCCCUUGAAACUGGUGUGCUAAGUGAAUCCUCCAUUUCGGAAAUAGCUGUGCCUUUAAUCCCUCGUACUGCCACCCUGUGUGACAACCUGAAAAUUCUAUUAGCGGACGAGAAUGGAAUGGUACCCGCCAUCCAGAAUGGUAUGCUUUCAUAUUGGCAUGGAUUUAGGGAUGGGAGCGUAGGUUUGCUGGAAGCUAGACUGAAAUGGGGUGGAGCAUUAGCUGUUCAACAGUUGUGUGCAAGUGGUAUCCCUCAGCUUCUUAUCACUUUGCUAGCUAACAGUCUUUCAGAUGUUUCUGUACAAGGUUCUGAUUUUACGAAAGAUCAAAUCGCAUUAUCACCUGUUGGGGUUGUUUGGACAAUUUCCUCUAUAUGUCAGUGCCUUUCGGGUGGAGCCUUAACCUUUCGCCAGAUUUUGCUUAAGAGUGAACAUGUCAAGUUCAUUUCUGACUUGAUAUCUGAUGUACAUCUCAACUUGUUAAGGUGUUGGACUGGACCUGGUGGAGGAAAGGGAGGAGUUAGGGACACAAUAAAUGCGGUCAUUGAUCUCUUGGCAUUCCCAUUUGUGGCAAUACAAAGUGCACCAGGCUUGGCAUCUGCUACUGCCUCAGUCAACGGUGGCUUUGUUCUUAACAUAAGCUCACCUGGUGGAAGGGUUUGUGCUGAAGAUAAGGAUAUGGUAAAAGCCAUAGAAGCAAGCUUGGGAAAGUACAUUCAAAUUAUUUUGGAGGUAGGAGUACCAGGCUAUAUCCUUCGGUGCUUGGAACAUAUGGAAUUGAAAGAUAGUGCACGGCUUGUUGCAUUUCUUGCUAAAAUGACUGGCCACCGUCCCCUGGUCGUGCAGCUUAUAGGCAAAGGAUUAUUGGAUCCAGCUAGAAUGAGAAGGUUGUUUGAUAGAUCAUCCCCAAGAGAAGUCACAAUGGAUGUUUUAAUGAUAGUUUCAGACCUAGCCCGAAUGGAUAAAGUUUUUUAUGAACAUCUUGAUGGGGCAGAAAUCUUGCAGUUCUUGAAGGAUUUUCUUACCCACGAAGAUCCUAAUGUGCGUGCAAAGACUUGCAGCGCUAUAGGAAAUAUGUUUCGGCAUAGCUCUUAUUUCUAUAGUUUAAUGGCAAAGCAGCAGAUUGUUAAUCUUCUUAUUGAUCGAUGUUCUGAUCCAGACAAAAGAACAAGAAAAUUUGCCUGUUUUGCAAUUGGAAAUGCUGCCUAUCACAAUGACUUGUUGUAUGACGAGCUUAAAAGAUCUAUACCGCAACUAGCAAACUUGCUGCUCUCUGCAGAGGAAGACAAAACAAAAGCGAAUGCUGCCGGCGCUCUGAGUAAUCUUGUUCGCAAUUCAAACAAGCUUUGUGAGGAUAUUGUUUCGAAAGGAGCCAUUCAGGCGCUACUCCAGUUGGUUGCAGAUUGUUCCUUGGUUGCUUUGAACCCGAAUAGGAGAGAUGCCAUUAACGAAUCACCGUUAAAGAUUGCUAUGUUCUCACUCGCCAAAAUGUGUGCUCAUAUGCCUUGUAGACAAUUUAUGCGCUCGUCAGAGCUCUACCCUGUUAUUGGACGCCUUCGACAGUCUCAAGAACCAACAAUUUCUAAUUAUGCAUCAGUCAUUCUCAGUAAGACGUCCGAAACUUGAAAAGAGGAGUGUGAAACCAGAACUGCGUCAUGCCAUCAGUUCAACUCAUCUGUUUUUCAUAACCAGCUGCUGUGGAAAUGCUUCAAGCUAGCUUGUAAAUGAUGUACAUAGUAGUUUACAUUGCAUCAAAAUUUUCUUUUAUUUCCUCUCACAGAGAACAGAAUCUCUUCCAUUUACUGCUCGAGAGCCUAAAUUUGAUUGAGAAAAAGCUACUUGCUUUUAAUAUAUAUGAAGUUUACACAUUUAUUUUUUCUA